GCACAAGAACAAGAGAGUCUGGAACAGAGGGAAACACUGGGCGAGCAGCAGCUUUAUAUACCGGCGCUAAAUUUAGGGUCGAGUGGGACGCUACGUCCAUCCUGAACGUGUUUCCUCCGCCUCGACAAUUGGUCCAGCCUUUUUCCUGCAAUAUUUAUAAAGUAGGAACUCCUACCAAUCAAACUUGCCUAUAAAUUUGAAACGUUACUUCGAAAGAGAACUUUCAGCCUUACAACUUAAGAGUCUCUGUGGAGGAGUGAGGUGGACCGAGCGCACACAUGUAAAUAUUUACAGACACAGAGAACGUUUAUCGUACUUAAAGCAAAGUGUGGACAUGGCCUUAAGCGAGACCAUUCUACCCUCAAUUUCGACAUUUACAUUUGCGAGUCAAAAGGAGAAAUUUUGGGAAAAUAGGUGGAAAAGCAGCACGGACAAACUCGCGCACUCCGGCUAUUCCAUGGCAGGCGCAGCGCAGAACACGGAGGGCUGUUUGCGCAGGAAAGACGACGAGGACCUCAGCAAGUACCUGGAUCUGGAGUUCAUUCUCGCCAACACCAGCGGCUCAGAGUGCGUCUCAGCGCUAGGGUCUGGUGGAGAGUGCAGUGUGGCUUCGGCAGAUCUGUAUCAGUCCGGGAGCAGCCCCCUCGCUUACACCGUGCCUGAGCAGGGCAGCCCCCCUCCGCCAUACGGCAGCAGUCUGAUGGCGGAUCUGCUGGCGUCGGAGGUGGACAGCGGCGGGUACUGCGUGUCCAGUGGCAGGUUACUCUUGGGCCCCGCCCCUCUCCACAGACAGGGCUUUGUGGACAGUGUCAAAGUGGAGCGGUCAGUGGACGGGUACGCGCCUGUUUUGAGCGGCUCCAAAAUCAAGCAGGAAGGCAGCGUGUCAUGCAUGAUGUCGUUUGAGCCCAGGCUGGCCACCCCCCCGCAGGCUGGGGGCAGUAUCACGCCCCCCCUCACCCCGGAGGAUGUGGGGAGCCCGGAGUGCCCAGGGCAGAUGCUCGGCUCCCUGGCGUUCGCACACGCCUACCGCGCUCCCGCCGCGUUCCCCCCCCCACCGGCCCGUCCCCUGCUCUACCACAGCGCGCAGCAGCGGGGCGGGUACGGGGGCCGCCGGGGGGGCCUGCCCGUCCCGCAGCGAGCCGUGCUCACGCCCCCCUCCUCGCCCAUGGACCUGAUGGACUCCAAGCCCAAGAGGGGUCGGCGCUCCUGGCCACGGAAACGCACGGCGAGCCACACCUGCACCUUCCCCGGCUGCGCAAAAACCUACACCAAGAGCUCACACCUGAAGGCACAUCACCGCACACACACAGGUGAGAAGCCUUACCACUGCAGCUGGGAGGGAUGCGGCUGGAAGUUCGCCCGCUCCGACGAGCUGACGCGCCACUUCCGCAAGCACACGGGCCACAGGCCCUUCCAGUGCCACCUGUGUGAGCGUGCCUUCUCCCGCUCCGACCACCUGGCCCUGCACAUGAAGCGCCACAUGUGAAGAGCUGUGUGUGUGUGUGUGUGAGUGUGUGUGAGAGUGUGUGUGUGUGUGUGCGUGUGUGUGUGUGCGUGCGUGUGUGUGAGAGAGCGCAUGUGCGUGUGUGUGAGUGUGAGAGUGUGUGUGUGUGAGUGUGAGAGUAUGUGUGUGUGUGAGAGAGCGCAUGUGCGUGUGUGUGUGAGUGUGAGAGUGUGUGUGUGUGUGUGUGUGUGAGAGAGUGCAUGUGUGUGUGUGUGUGUGUGUGUGUGAGAGAGUGUGAGUGCGCAUGUGUGUGUGUGUGUGUGCGCGUGCGUGCACUAAGACUAUUCAGGAGCAAGCAAAUCUGUGGAAGAUGUGGGAAUGUCAAGUUUUAUAUAAAUCAAAGAAUACACGCUUUGAAUAUACAAAUUUACACACAUAUACAAAUGAAUAUUUUUAAAAUAAUGUAGCUGGUACUACUUUGGUAUAGACAAAGAUGCUUUGUAAAACUUUUUUUAGAAGCAUUAGAUGAUGUUUGCUUUGGGGCAAACAUGCCAACCUGUUAGGCAGGUCCCUGAAGCAGUGCUGCCGUGCGUGGAACAGGAACACUGCACUGCUGAACUCAUUUCAGCACCACGGUCCUUAACGCUGUUUCAACAUGUUCCCUAACCUGCUGUUUCUCCACAGUGCCUAACCCCUUUUUCACCACGGUGCCUAACCCUCUGUUUCACCACUCAGACUGUGCAAAUGCAGUGUGUCAGAGACCAGAAAUAGACAAGUUCACAUUUCGUGAGUAAACUCGAGGAUACAAUGUUUUGUUUUAAAACUGCCCUUCAGCCAGACAGGUGAGCCUUGCAUGUUGACUGUGUGCUCUGGGUUGAAUUUUGAAGUCAGGUUUUUUUUUUUUCAAAAAAUUGAAAAGUUUUGUUUCUGUUCUAACGUAUUGUGUCUGAAAGGUGCAAUAACAUGAGUCUGUCCCAGCCCAGAGUCAGUGUGAGGCUAGAUGACUUCCAGAUUAAAGCAAGAUUUGUAUUCUGAAUGAAAUGUAUAUAGAAUGUGUAUAUACGCUGUACAAUGUAAAAAUUGUAUUUAUUGUAAAUAUUAAACUAAUCUGGUGGAUUUUUA